GCCGUGCUUUCCCAGGGUUCCAUCUCCGCCAUCAACGAAAGCCAGUGCGAGAGAACAUCAAAUCCCUGGUUCACGUACGAGCCUCCACCUCUCUUCUUCCCCUGUUUUGACUGUUGUGUUCUUCUAAACAAGAUCCUUGAACAAUGAACGGGGAAUAAUUGAGUAUCUUACUACUUCCUUCGUUGUUCAGGAUCGUUUAGAAGAACUUCCUAUUUACUACAGCAAAAAAAAAAAAAAAGUAAAAAGAGACGAGGUUCAUUUCCGACUUUCAUUAUUCGAGGUUGUUAUCGUUUUGUUUAGAAGGACAUAGCAGUCUCCAUUGUCGCGGAAAUACAGAAGGAAAAGAAAAAGGGUCAACCGAACUUCACCACGGCAACAAUUAAGGCACGCCAACAUCCAAAUAAUCCCAAUCAUCUUCCAGUCCUAUAACAUUGACAAUGUCUAGCCCGAUGAUUCUUAAGAACCCAAACUCCCUCCAACGGCGGCAACCGCUACUGCACAGCCGUUCCAACAGCGUCGAUAGCUGCAUCACCUCUCGCGGGAACACCAAUCUCAGGUUCGGGGAGGUUUGCGGCGGUACUACCGCCGACGUUGCGGCUGUCUGUUGCUGUUGCCCAUGUGGGUUAGCCAACCUUAUGGUUCUAGCAAUAUACAAGGUUCCUGCAGGGCUGUACCGCCGUGCUCUCCGCCAGAAACGGCUGCGCAAGUUGCACAAAAAAGGGUUACUUCAACCAAAGAACCACGGCGCCCAUUUCCGAUGUAAUGAUCCCGAAUUACUCUCUCUCGAGGACUAUUUCCAAGACGCAGAGGUUUCCGAAGAAACUGAGAAAGCUGCAGUGGAACUGGAAAAUGAAAUGUGGCAAAGCUUUUAUGGUACUGGAUUUUGGAGAAGCCCCUCUCAAAAAGAAGGUGAGACUCCCGGGUUUCAUCCUCUCUGACUACAAUUUUCCAACCUUUGCUGCUUUAGUGCCCUUCACCAUAUAUAUGUUUAAUGAAAUGAUGUAAGACAAAAAUUAUAUGUAAAUGGAGGUGGUGGGAUUUUCUGAUUCCUUGUCAUCAACGAAAAAAUCAGAAAGGAAUUAGGUAGGGUGAUUGAUUGUAUGGAACGUAUGUCAUAUUUUAAGAUUUUGAUUGUUGUUGCCUUCAAAUCUUCAUGUUCAAAUCCUUGAACACAUCAACACAUUUUGUGAGCUUUUUGAUAAUAAUAUAUAUAAAGAUUGAUUUGGAGUUAUUAAA